CUAAUUGAAGGUGAACCUGAUUUACUGUCAAACAGCCUUUCCUGCUCUUUUGUUAUGUAUGUGACUGCAAGCUGAUCUGUACGACUUUCUACUGGUCAAAAUGAUCUCCGCUUUGAUGCCACAUCCUUAUCUGCUCCUGAUGUUGCUCUUGGUGGGGAAAUCUGUACUUCUACAGGAAAACAUCAAGCCCAAUUUCAUCCUAAUGAUGCUGGAUGAUCUUGGAAUUGGAGACCUGGAGUGUUAUGGCAAUACAACAUUAAGGACAUCCAAUAUUGACCAGUUGGCACAGGAAGGGGUGAAGCUGACUCACCAUGUUGCUGCAGCAAGCCUCUGCACUCCAAGUCGAGCAGCAUUCCUUACGGGACGAUACCCAAUAAGAUCAGGUAUAGCUGGUAAUUUAAGACCAGGGGUCUUUAUAUUCAACGCAGCGUCGGGAGGUCUACCGGCUCGAGAAGUUACUUUUGCUAAAAUUGUUAAACAACAGGGUUAUAAUACAGCUCUUAUAGGGAAAUGGCACCUUGGACUUAACUGUGAGAGCAGUGAUGAUCACUGCCACCACCCCAGUGUCCAUGGCUUUGAUUACUUCUUUGGAAUUCCUUUAACCAACCUGCGAGACUGCCAGCCUGGACACGGCACUGUUUUCCAAAUCCAUAAGUACUUACCGUACGGUUCGCUGGGAGCAGCCUUGCUCAGUGCGGCUGUUCUCCACUGGAGUGGUCUCAUCCUGCUCCGAAGACGACUGAUCUUGGGUCUGCUGUCCGUGCUGGCUGGGGUCACCAUACUGGUAGCAGGAUUUAUCAAGAUCAUUCCUUAUUUGAACUGCAUUCUCUUCAGAGAUCACAGCAUUGUGGAGCAGCCGUUCACUUUAGAAAACCUGACACAGAAAAUGACUCAUGAGGCAGUGGAUUUCAUAGAGAGGAACUCAGGAAGGCCUUUCCUUUUAUUUUUGUCCUACUUACAAGUUCACACGGCCAUGUUUGCUUCUGCUGCGUUUAAAGGAACAAGCAGUCAUGGUGUCUAUGGAGAUGCUGUUCAUGAAGUGGACUGGAGUGUUGGCCAGAUCCUGCAGACGCUGGACAGACUCAGAGUGAGAGAAAACACUCUGCUUUAUCUGACUUCAGACCAGGGUGCUCAUCUAGAGGAGCUGACUGCUGCAGGCCAGGUGCAUGGAGGAUGGAAUGGAAUAUAUAAAGCAGGGAAGUCUACCAAUUGGGAAGGAGGGAUCCGGGUUCCUGGAAUUCUGAGCUGGCCGGGUCAAAUCCCCAGUGGCACAGAGAUAGAUGAGCCCACCAGCAACAUGGAUCUGUUUCCUACUGUUGUUCAUCUAAGUGGAGCUACAAUUCCACAGGACAGGGAAAUUGAUGGCCACAACCUCAUGGAUCUGCUACAGGGAAGAGCUGAAAGGUCCAACCAUGAAUUUCUGUUUCAUUACUGUAACUCCUACUUGAACGCAGUGAGAUGGCAUCCUCCCAACAGUGGCUCCGUGUGGAAAGCCUUUUACUUCACCCCAGACUUCUAUCCAGCAGAUAAAACAACCUGUUUCCACACACAUGUCUGCUUUUGCACACCAGAUCAUGUGACCUACCACGAUCCUCCACUUCUUUUUGAUCUCUCAAAGGACCCAUCAGAGUCAAGGCCACUGACCGCUGACACAGAACCGGCGUUCUACUCGAUUCUUGCUGCAAUGAAGCAGGCAGUGGAGGUCCAUCAGAGGUCAGUGAAGCCUGUGGAGUGCCAGUUAAGUGCGGCACACAUCAUGUGGAAGCCCUGGCUGCAGCCCUGCUGCUCCACCUUCACACAGCUCUGUCAGUGCCAACAGAACUGACCCGGGGUCAGUGGACGACCUCCAUACAAAACUUCUUCAAGACCAACCUAAACAGAAUCCAAUUAAGAACCGUCCACGUAGAAUACUAACUUUCAGGAAUAAGGAGGAUGAAAAACUUUAUGACAGUUUAUGACAUGGCAUUGAAUGAAACUUGUGAAGAAUAUUCUAUGAUUUUCUUUGUACUGUAUAUAAAGUUUGCAUUAUGUAAACCUAAUGGAUUUAAUACGCUAUCUGUUUAAAACAUGAAGUAUAUCUGGGUUGGAUUAAAUGGAUGUCAUCUGAGACAGUUUCUAACUUUCACACAGACCUUCAAAAAUACAAUGUGAGUAAUUCAUACUAUGCAAAAAUUUAAUGAAUUAAAAAUAUAUAUAUUAAAAAAAUGCAAUUGACAGUGAUUGGCUUUUGAUGUGUAAAGCAAUUCAGCUCCACUAGCAACUGGAGAGAAUUUAUAACACCAUAUCAAAAGCAAACUAAUUAAAGUAAAAAAGGGCAAUGCUGGAGAGAUUACAUAAACCCAAUCGAAUGCAUGUCAUUUGGUCAUGUAAUAAAUUACAACCAUUGUGAUCAGAUGUUGUUGGGAUAGAUGGAGUUCUUCAGUGUAAAGUUCUGAUGGAUCCAAAGGUUUUAAUUCUGGACGGUUUGUAGGGACACAAAACAACACAAAAACUGUGGUGAAAACAAACAUUGCAUGUGUCAUCCCUCUGGGGAAGCAAGUAUUAGAAGCACCCUGGUGUUGGAAUCUGUUUCUUCAUCAAAUAAAUAAGAUUCUAACAAAGUCAGGGAUCAGAUUGAAAAUAAAGUCAAAUAAAAACAUAGAAAAGCUA